ACCCAGAAAGACAGAAUUGCUUUGUGCAACCCUAGAAAGCCAUACUUUUCUGCAUAUCUUGGUUCAUGUACAAUAAUAUAUAUGAUGGUUUCGUAACCCUUACCCAAAUAAAUCAAAAGAAAAGAAAAACAUCUGAAAACCAGAAGAAGAACAUGUCUCUAAGCCCACCUAGAGCUAGGGUCAAUGGGGUAGAUGGGGCCAAUGGGGCUAAUGGGGCCAAUGGUGCAGCCCCUGGGAGGAACUACCAGCAUUACUGGUGCUACCAGUGCCAUCAAUUUGUUCGGAUUGCCUCUACGAAUCCUCCGGAGGAGGUUGUCUGCCCCUUAUGUUCUGGUCGGUUUGUUUGCGAGAUGGAAAUCAACAGGCCUAGGAUGGUUGUUGACUUCACUGCUUUUGAUCCAUCCCCUGAAGCUCGUCUGUUGGAAGCACUCUCUCUUUUUAUGUAUCCUCCAAUCAGGCUAUUCGGUCUUGGUAUUUCUGAUAACCAAGAACCUCAGGGCAGGCGUUGGUUGAGACGUCCGAACAAUUUACUAGAAUCCGAAGGUGAAAAUUUGCCUCGGGAGCGUCUUCGUAGGCGCAGAAGCCGCAGUUUAGAUGGAACUAAUGAUAGAGAACAAGAACCUGAAUCUCUAGGUCGUCCUAGGACUUGGAUUAUUGUUCGGCAGCCGGGCUCUUUUAGCCUACCCGAAGCUGAACCAACUUUGCCACAUGAAAUCCCUGCACUCCCUGCCCCUGGUCUUGAUCCAAGGAACUUCUUUUUCGGAACCGGACUAAAUGAGUUGAUUGAACAACUGACACAAAAUGACAGGCCAGGUGUACCCCCAGCCCCGGAGUCAACUAUCCAUGCGAUUCCGACUGUAAAAAUCACGGAAUCGCAUCUACGCGACGACUCGCAAUGUCCAGUGUGUAAGGAGGAAUUCAAGGUUGGUGGAGAGGCAAGGGAGUUGCCUUGUAACCAUAUAUACCAUAGUGAUUGCAUUGUGCCUUGGUUAAGGCUUCACAAUUCUUGCCCUGUUUGCCGCCAUGAGUUGCCGGUUAGCAGUACCGAUGAACAAUUGCCGGUUAGCAGUACCGAUGAACUAUCUAGCAGUGACUAUUUUUCCGAACCCGAGGUUUCUUCCAACGACGGUAGAAGAUGUUGGAGGCUUAGGCAACUGGCUAGCAAUUUGUGGCCUUUCCAUCGGAGGCAUCGGAGAAUUAGCCCACAGACUGACGUGUCUCCUGCAGUUGAACUUGAAUCAAGGUCGCAUCGUUGCUGUAUUCUUUAGGAUUUUAUAGGCAGCUAUUCACUUCAAAAUAACUGUCUGUAAAAUCACUAAAAGCUGCAAAACAUCAGUUUCAUCAUCUCUCUCAAAUACUUGUUUUAAGGAACACAAUGUCGAUUUGAUUCAACCGAAAACUAGUGAAUUAUCGGAACUAAAAUGUUUAUCUUUUAAGCUCUUUAUAUUAAAAAUGUGAUCAAUUUAAUCUUCAAUCUCUUUUUUUUUUUGGAAUAAGAAGUGAAAUAACACAGUGCAAAUAUGCCGCUAAACCAUGACAGCAGUAGCGCGAUUAUAAGGCGCUCCAUCUCGAUCACGAUCAAUCAAAGGCCGGAGAAACCCAGGAAUAACAGCCACGACUUGAACGGGUGGUGGAGCAUUCACCCCUGCUUUCGCUAAGCUAUCCGUUACUUGGUUAGGCUCGCGCAAAAUAUGCAGGAAUCGAACAUGCCAAGGCCUUUCCAGCAGCUUCGACAUGACCCACACUAAAACCAUGCUCCCAUCCAUUUUUUAAACAAUAUUGGUGCUGUAAUAUCUCCAUUUACAAUCAACAGCGAGGUUGAAAAUUUUCUUAAAAGGUGAGAAGUAAAUUAUAAAUGUUUGAGGGAGUUAAAAUGUAAAGGGACUAUCUGUUUUCUAUCGUGUACAAUGAACUUACACAGAUCUUAGACUACUGUAAGUCCGUUCAUGUCGGUAAAGUGCCUAAGCAAACGAAGCGAGUCCAAGCAUUUAGUUUAUUUUUCCCACGAACCUGAUCGACAUUAACACAAGCACGGAAUCCAUGUAAAUUCAUCAUAUACCGCAAUAGAAGAAAUGAAGACCACAAUGAAGGCCCAGAAAAGUGAAUGAACAAAAGCUGCCGCCGGCGAUGAAAAAUAGAAUAAAAACAGAUGACAGCAAAAGAA